CAUAACUCAUGGAAGGGACUGGUUGGACUGGUACUACCAACGUGGGAAAAGAAUCCCAUGAGUAUUUUUGUUGUCGUUUUUGCGAGACGGGCAUUGCUUGGAAGCAUCAUGUCAAGACGCCGAUAACCCUCACUCUACAAGAACAGACAAAGAUGGGACUAAUUAAUCAUGUUGGAAGCUUCUUCAUCACAGACAUCAUUCCACAGUUACGGCUUCGAGAACCAGAACUAGAGCCUAAUAGAAUGAUUGUCCAUGACCACGGACACUUUCAAGCUGCCAAGAUCACCUAUAUCUAUUGUAGCAACUGCUUCUCUCAACUUGGCUGGAAAGUUGUUGCAGUGGAAGCAGGCAGUGACUACCAUCCAUUUCAAGAAGGCCAAUUCGUAUUACCAUUGGAGAAUAUCCUGCUAUGGAAUGGGUAUAACUUUCAACUACCGCAGGCACCAGCCUUCAUGUUGCAUUGAACAAGGAUCAUCCUAUGAAAUAACAGGGCUCGCUCUUAGCAUAAUAUGAUUGUUCUUUCUUCCAUAAGAAAUGGGUAUACAUUUAGAGCAACGUACCAGUAAUUGCUACCAGCCACUUAAUUUUAUUAGAAGCACUAUAACUGGAUUGAUCUAGGUUUUAUUUCUUGGUGUAGACUCUCUUUGUUUAUAUUUCUUCCUUCUAUAGUUUGCAUAUUGGC